UAAAUGAAUGAUAUCUAAGCUUAAGUUUUUGAUUUUGUUCAAAUAUAAUUUGGAUUUGAGACGCCAAUCUCUUGAUCCGACCAGACCUUCUUGCAGAGUCUCAGCGACUCGCACGUAUAACUCCCGUGCUCUUCUCGUCCGCUAUCCAACUUCUCAGAGCUGUUCGUGGCGGCGGAGCGGUCUCUCUUGGCAUUCCAUCCAAAGCCAAACCCGCGAUCUUUCCGAGCCCCUCCAAACCCUUUUAUCGACUCCAGAUUCCUUCUCCAAGCUUCUCGAGUUCUAGCUCUGAUGCAUGGUUUGGUUACACGGAUUCUCCUCUCAAUUGUUCGACGAAAUUCCUCUUAGAAGACUCUUAUGUUUCUGGCUAUCAGAUGGAAUGGGCCAUUCCGAAAAUCUGUUGGCAUUCUGUAUCUUUCUCGCUUCGCUUCCAAAUCCGGCUUCUCCCGUUCCAUUCUCACCACAGAACCAAAAAGCUUGCCGGAACCCCACAAGAACCUAUCGGAGAUCUUUAAACCAACGGCGCCAACAUUCGCCGAAUCCUCUUCCAGGAUUAGAAGGGCGUUGCAAUCCAACAAAUGGUCCGAGUCGGUGGAGAUGGAGUUGCAGCGGCUUGAUGUAGAUUUGAACACCUAUAUUGUUAAUCAGGUGCUGAAGAGCUUGUCGAAUUCCGAAACGGCCUUCCAUUUUUUCGUGUGGGCCGAAUCCCAGCCAGGUUUUGAGCACGAUCACUUCACCAUCAAGUCUGUGAUCUGUUUGCUGUUGAAAGAUCAAAACUUUGAUCUUCUAUCAAAAUUUUUAGGAAGAAUAAGGAAUAGUGAGUUCUCGCUGCACCGUUCUGUUUAUCGGAUUCUAAUAUCUGGUUAUGUCCGGUCUGGUUUGAUAGAUUCAGCAAUUCAUACCUUUGAUGAGAUGUUAGCUUCUGAUUGCCGCAUAUUUAGUGUGGAAUACAAUAGGUUUAUAGGUGUACUAGUUAAAAAACAUUGCUUUGAUUUGGCUGAGAAGUAUUACAACAAGAUGAUUACAAAGGGAUUUUCUUUGAGCUCGUUUACAUACUCAAGGUUCAUUUCUGGUUUGUGCGAAGUGAAGAAUCUUGGGCUUGUUGAGAGGCUCUUAGUAGAUAUGGAUAAGAUGGGGUCUGUCCCAGAUAUUUGGGCUUAUAACAUAUAUUUGAAUUCUUUGUGCAAAGAGAAGAGGUUGGAUGAUGCUCUCAUGGUGCUGCAAACUAUGAUUCAGAAAGGAAGAGAGCCUGAUGUUGUCUCUUACACCACAAUCAUCGAUGGUUUGUGUGUUAUUAGACAGUUUUCAGCUGCUGUAGAGCUAUGGAAUGAAAUGUUGAAAAAGGGGUUUAGGCCUGAUGGUGUUGCCUGUGGUGCAUUAGUAUUUGGUUUGUGUAACCAUGGGAAGGUUGAUAUGGCUUAUGACCUGACAAUGGGAAUGAUAAGGAUGAAGAUUGAGUUGAGUAUUCCUGUUUAUAAUGCACUUAUAAGUGGAUUUUGUAAAGCUGGCAGAUUUGAUAAAGCCCAAGCAAUAGUGUCAUUCAUGCGAAGAAAUGGGUGCAAACCUGAUUUGGUUACAUGCAACAUACUUUUGAAUCAUUAUUGCAAUGAAGUUAUGCUGGAUGAAGCUAAGAAAUUGAUAAAAAAGAUGGAUGCAAGUGGAAUAACUCCUGACAGGCACAGUUACAAUCAACUAUUAAAGGGUCUUUGCAAGGCUAACCAGCUUAAAAAGGCUUACGCUUUAAUAGCUCACGAAAUGGAUGCUAAAGGAUUUUGUGAUGUUGUAUCCUGCAACAUAUUAAUUGAUGCAUUCUGCAGGGCAAGUAACAUGGGAUCUGCAUACAAGUUGUUCAAGGAUAUGGGUUCUAAGGGAAUAAUUGCAGAUGCAGUGACAUAUGGCACUCUGAUUAAUGGAUUCUUUAGAGUAGGCCAACCUGAUCUAGCUGAGGAACUUUUUGAUCAGAUGCUUGAUGCUGGAGUGGUUCCGAAUGUCAAUGCAUAUAAUAUUAUGAUACACCACCUUUGCAAGGCCGGUCGAAUAGAACUUGCUCGCAGUACUUUUCAUGACAUGAUGAAGAAGAGGAUAUCCCCUGAUGUAGUUUCCUAUAGCACUCUUAUAAAUGGGCUCUGCAGGGCUUUCAGAGUAAAUGAAGCCAUGAAUCUAUAUGAAGAUAUGUGCAAGAGGGGUGUAACUCCUGACGAUGUGACAUAUAAAUUAUUGAUUGGAGGACUUCUAAAAGAAGGAAAGGUAAUUUCAGCCUGUAGGAUCUGGGACCAUAUGAUGGAGUCUGGCUUUACUCUUGACAGAUCAGUUUCUGAAAGACUGAUACAUGCAAUCAAGUCUAAAAACACACAAGAUAUGAAUUAUUGAGAAGCGUCUGGAGAUUUCAGUCUCUGGUGAACAUGAUCAACUUGGUUAGUGCCUCUCCAAGUUCAUGAAGAUGCAAGUCCAUAAGCAGAAGCAUUUUAUUCUCCAGGUUAGCCUGGAAAAGAAGACAGCUGUUGAGAAUUAGGGGACAAUGGUGACUGAGGCAUGAGCAUGUUCCGAGGAAAUUAUGGACAUGAAAACUACUUUUCCAGCUAGAUAUAGCAAUUAAUCUGGAUGUUCUGCAGUGUGAUGGGAUAAUAUGUGAAGCAUUUGUCUUGAAUUCGGUGUUCUGGAGCCCAAUCUUGCAAAUAGUGAUUAACUAAACCUCUGAAUCUGGAGCGAGCAUGGGAGUGGAUACCAAUGCGAAUGUGUGAAAGUGGACAUUUUAAAAACACUCGAAGAAGAAACUGCCUAGGAAGCAUGUGCAUUUUGAAUUACCACAGAGUUUCCAAACCUGCUACAGAGGCUUUUAGACCAUGCAUCAAUGGUCACCAUCCAAUAGAUUGCACUCUCUUUUAUUAUGAAUCCAUCUGGUAGUCAACUGAUGUAAAAGCUACAAUUUACAUAUCAGUCUUUUGAGAUGGUGAAACUAUAUCUGCUUUGAAUCAUCAUAAAUGAUUUGUCUUCGACCACAAAGGGCGGCAGGGAACCACAGUAAUCCAGCCUUUGUCAAAGAUGCAGAUCAAGUUUGAAGUGUAAAUGUCUGGAUGGAAAUCAAUCAUAUGUCAGGACCACACAGUUGGUCCCAAACUGAUGGGUUGAAGCUUCUUGCUUAUGCUUGUGUUGAGGACAUCUCAAAGCAAUAAUCAUGGUGUCAACCAUGCAACGUGUUGAAUAAAAACUAAAGAAAGGUUGAAAGAGUUUUAUAUGGUUGUUUUACAUCUGAGCUUCUGGUAUAUAAUUUACUUGUUUCAGCUUUAUAUAACCUCAAGAGCUCGAGGAUCUUUGGAUGCCUGCGACAAAAAUACAGAAAACACUUGGAAUGUCAUUUACGAUGCAAUUGGUUUCUUAGAAUAUCCUAUUUUGUAAAUUACUCGAUUAUUAUUAUGUUAUACAGGGUGCUUGUUUGUAUGAUAAAAUCUCAAAAUGGUUCUAAAAUCAUGAAAUGAAAAUUCAAGUUUGAGUACAA